GCUUUGUUUUGUUCCACCUAGGACAACGGAAUUUAUUAUUGAAGCCCAAAUCUGAACUAAAAACGUAGUGUAUAUAUCAGACGCUAAAAUGACUACUACAUAUAAAACAGAAGUGAGACACAUAGGUGAUUGUAGAUGCGGCGAGAGUGUGAGAACCCUGGGAUCUGGCUCACCGUUCGAUUAUGCAUAUCGACCCAGCGUUGGUGCCGACAAGUACGCCCCCGGUGUUACGAUACCGGGAAAUGCGACCACCUUCUGGGAGCGAAGCGCUGUUGGCACUGCACAGCUUUGCCCUCCGAUCCGGGCAACCGCUCAGAACUUGUCACACAGCAAAUACACCGUCUCCGAUUGGCAGCAAACAAAUUUUGACAACUUGAACACCUCUGAAGGAAAACGUGUUGUUGGAGAACAAGUCAGAAGCGACUCGCUCCGGAUAAUGCGCGACACCGAUUGCGUGGUGACAUAUGGCCAAAAAGAAUCCACACAACGCCUCGGUGAGCGUAUAGGCGACGUGAACUAUUGGCGACAUGAGGUGGUUCAUGAGCUGGAAAUGAACGUUGCAGAAACUGAAAAACUAGAAGAAACAAAGCGACAGGCGGAAUGCCUUCUUCGGGAGGUGGAAAACCCGCUUAGAAUAGUUCAAGAAUGUCUCUACGCUCGUCAGCAGAGGAUGGGCAUAGAUCAAGUGCACGACGACGUUGAAGUUGGAUUAAACCGUGAAAUUGAUGUGAUCAAAUCUAUUCAGGAACGCCUGUGUCGUCUACUGGAACGAAUCGCGCAAGCUCUAAAGGAGCUGGCCGACGCCAGGCAGUGUCUGGAGCGCGACUCUCUCGACAAGUUCUCCGCCCUGCACAUCGACCGGUACGCGCAUGGCCUCAACAACACCUCGCCGGGCAUCGCGCUGUAUCCGGGCAUCGAGAAGUCAGACCGCACCAUGAGCACGCCCGAAUCAUGGAUCGACUACACCAUCCGGCUCGUGCAAAGGUCACAGAACGCGCGCGCCGAGAGCUCGCGCCUGCGCGCCGAGGCCAAGAACCUCAUCAACACGUCCAUCAACGAGCUGUGGCAGGCUUGGAACAACACAAACCAAGCGCUGAAGCAGCGCGUCCAGCAGACGCAAGACGCCAAGAACAAGAUCCAGGUGGAGCUGUCGCGCCUGAUCCAGGAGAUCGCCGACCAGGAGAAGUACCGGCAGGCGCUGCAGAAGGCGCUGGCCGAUAAGUGCCCGCCGCUCAAGGUGGCGCACACGCGGCUGGAGCGGCGCACGCACCGGCCUUGCAUGGAGCUGUGCCGCGACAACGCCAUGUUGCGCCUGCAGAGCGAGGUAGGCGACAUCUAUGGCUCAAUAGAGCAGCUAAAGCAGAAGCUGGCCGACACGGAGGCGGCCAUCGCCGCCUUGCUAGAGCAGAAACACGACAUGGAGGACGAGCUCAGGAUCAAGGCCAACACACUGCUCAUCGACCGAGAGCGCGUGCUGGGCUCCCGCCGAGCAUUCCCCAUUGGCUCACUCAUCACCAAAUGCAUUUAGAGGGUCUGAUUGACACUCCACCUCGGACACAACGCUGGCAAGCGCAAAGUUGCCUUUCUCGGGUGAAUACCGUGCUACAGCAGAUGAGUAGGUCGUUUUAUUUCUCGAUGAAAGCGCACACCUCUCUACCAGUUUUCGCAACAUGUUUUGUUCGAACCUACUGUGCAAAUGUGUGUCUCGGCCGUGAAUGGUCUGCUCGAAAAACUUUAAAAGUACAGAAAAGCUGGAUUGUCCACGACCUUGCUGUAAUAAAGAAAUGCGCCGUUC